AUGGAUUCAUGGUAUCUGCCUUGCUUUCUGUUCUUGGCCAUUCUCCUCCUGGUUCCUGGCUUGCCAACUCCAGAAAACUUUGAUGUAGAUGGUGGAAUUGAUCAAGAUAUAUUUGAUAUUAAUGAAGAUUUGGGGCUGGAUCUAUUUGAGGGAGACAUCAGACUUGAUGGGGCACAAGAUAGAAAUUCCAUCAUUGGAGAACAAUACAGAUGGCCUCACACCAUUCCGUAUGUUCUAGAAGAUAGCUUGGAAAUGAAUGCUAAGGGAGUUAUCCUUAAUGCAUUUGAACGCUAUCGCCUAAAAACAUGCAUUGACUUCAAGCCUUGGACUGGAGAAGCUAACUAUAUAUCAGUGUUCAAGGGCAGUGGCUGCUGGUCUUCAGUGGGAAACAGGCAUGUUGGGAAGCAAGAACUCUCCAUCGGGGCGAACUGUGACAGAAUAGCGACAGUUCAACAUGAGUUCCUCCACGCACUGGGGUUCUGGCACGAGCAGUCUCGUUCCGAUCGGGAUGACUACGUCAUGAUAAUGUGGAACAGAAUUCUGUCAGGCAGAGAGCACAAUUUUAACACCUACGAUGACCAAGUAUCCGACUCCUUGAAUGUUCCUUAUGAUUACACGUCAGUAAUGCACUACAGUAAGACGGCUUUCCAAAAUGGAACGGAACCAACAAUUAUAACACGAAUCUCAGACUUCAUGGAUGUGAUCGGCCAGAGAAUGGAUUUCAGCGACUAUGAUCUCUUAAAGCUGAAUCGGCUGUAUAACUGCUCCACUUCCUUGAGCUUUAUGGACUCGUGCAAUUUUGAACUGGAAAAUGUGUGCGGUAUGAUUCAAAGUUCAGGUGAUAAUGCUGACUGGCAGCGGGUUUCCCAGGUUCCCAGGGGGCCGGAGAACGAUCACUCCAACAUGGGCCGGUGCAAAGGUUCUGGUUUCUUCAUGCAUUUCAACAGUAGCUCUGUAAGUGUGGGGGCCACGGCCAUGCUGGAAAGUAGAACAUUAUACCCUAAAAGAGGGUUUCAGUGCUUGCAGUUUUAUUUAUAUAACAGUGGAAGUGAAAAUGACCAACUGAACAUCUACAUCAGGGAGUAUUCUGCAGACAACGUGAAUGGUACUUUAACACUUGUGGAAGAAAUAAAAGAUAUACCCACCGGAAGCUGGCAACUUUACCAUGUAACACUGAAAGUGACCAACAAAUUUAGAGUGGUGUUUGGAGGGGUCAGAGGCGCUGGUGCAUCAGUGGGUGGCCUGUCUAUUGAUGACAUCAAUCUUUCAGAAACACAGUGCCCUCAUCAUAUCUGGCAUAUAAAGAAUUUCACACAGUUUAUUGGCAGCUCAAGAGAAACUAUAUAUAGCCCUCCAUUUUAUUCUUCUAAAGGUUAUGCCUUCCAGAUUCAGUUGAAUCUGAGUCAUUCGACUAAUGCAGGAAUAUAUUUCCACUUGAUCUCUGGAGCCAAUGAUGAUCAAUUACAAUGGCCAUGUCCUUGGCAACAAGCCACGAUGACACUCUUGGAUCAAAAUCCUGACAUUCGACAGCGUAUGUCCAACCAGCGGAGUAUAACUACAGACCCAUUUAUGACCACCGAUAAUGGAAACUAUUUUUGGGACAGGCCAUCCAAAGUGGGAUUAGUGGCUUAUUUCCCUAAUGGAACUGAGUUUAGAAGAGGUAUGGGCUUUGGAACCACUGCCUUUAUAACCUACAAGAGGCUGAAAAGCAGAGAUUUUAUAAAAGGAGAUGAUGUUUAUAUCCUACUGACAGUGGAAGACAUAUCACACCUUAAUUCUACACAAAUUCCACCAAUCCCAACCUCUAACAUCAAUGACCUCUGCACAAACUUCAAAUGUGAGAAUGAAGGCAUCUGCAUUGUCCAGAAUGGCAAGGCUGAGUGCAGGUGUCUGUCAGGGGAAGAUUGGUGGUUCAUGGGCGAAAGGUGUGAGAGGAGAGGCUCCACCCAGGACACCAUUGUUAUUGCUGUAUCUUCUACCGUUACCGUGUUUGCCGUGAUGCUGAUAGUCACCCUCGUCAGUGUCUAUUGUACCAGGAAGAGAUAUCGUGGGAGGACAAGUUCAAAUACGCCAGACAUGACUCUGGAAAAUCAUGCAUUUUGAAGAUUAACUCAACAAUACAGC